UUAAACAUAGUUUGAAGCUAAAUGUGACAAAAUGUUGCUGUUAUUUUCAGCGUGAGCCGCUUUACAAACGACGCCCCAUACACAUUGGCCUUUAAAAUCCAUCAACACGUAUAUUUUUCUAGAUCCAGACACCCAUCUUGUAAGUAAACGCAGAUUGUGUGGAUUCUUGCAAACCCCAAAACAAUGUUGCCUGAGGCCAGCGCUGGUGUUUGCUUUCUCUUCUCACACUACAGUCUAAAACUAAGCUUUAUAUUGUACAGUUUAGCUAAAAUAAGUACGGGUUUUUGAGGACAAUCCUUGUAUAUCUCUUAAAAAUAAAUUGACUGCCUCAGACUUUCUUACAAACGCCGUGACUCAAGCUCUGUCUGUCCUUCCCAAAUCAACAGCGAAAGGAAAAAAUAACGUUUACAGACAGGGAAACCCUCCUUAAAAAAUUCUACAAUGGCCGCGACUCAAAACCUAGUGCAUGUCUGCUCAGUAAUAGAGAGUAGCCUAUGUUAUUCCGCGUCCAAGUGAUGUCUAAAAUGCUGUCUAGAUAGGCAGCUCACUGGGAAUUGAGACUCUUACACUCUUCCAGCUGACCAAAACUCUGACUGGAAAGUACAGCUGUUUUUGUUUUACUCCACUCUUGAAACUUAUGUGCAACGUCCAUUGUUUAUUUAGUGUAUUAUUGUUGUGUUUAUGAAAAGAAAAGUAUUUCCUUUUCGUAACUAGACACGAGUUGUGAGCAGCUCUGAGUCUAGCUGUGAAGAGUGAGUCAGAUUUUCCAGGAGCUCGUUUUCUGCCUGCUGGUCUGCUGCAGCAGUCUGUAAGUAUGCUGUUGCUCCAGGACAGAAUGAGAAGGACUUGUUUGUCCUGGUGCCUUUUCCUGUUGUUUGUCUGGUACCCAGCGGGCAGCAUUAUGACGGAUCAUGAGCUGGAGGGUUCGGACCAGGACUGGGGUUCUGGAUUACACGGACUUCUAAACAGCUUUCCAGCUGAUAGUCCAUUUGUCAGAGAGACGCCUGGUAAGCCAGCCAACUGCACUCAGCGCUUCUGGCUUCCUCCGUCCUCCCCUGUGUGCUGGGAUGAUAUAGCGGGCCCAGAGGAGUUUGAGAAAUCCCGCCUUCUCGUUCUGCAGAACAGGGCAGCACUGCAGGCUGUAUCCACAUCUAGUGGUCUUGAGGACGGGGGUGCAUCCUUUGAUCAACAGGCCAGGGAGAACAUGCAGGGCGUCCAGGCUGACCAUCUCGCUGUGGCCCAGACCGCCAAUACAAUGCAGAAGGUGUUCAUGGAUUUGGAUGAGAAGAGGAAGAAGGGGGAAAAACAUUAUACCUUCUCAAGUCUAAAGGAGCAAACUGAAAACACGAAAGACUCCAUUGCUAAAAAGGAGCAAGUAGCCGCACUUCUAGAGAAACAUCUGACCAAUCUGGAGAGGUCUUUGAACACUAUGCAACUUCGACUGGCCAAACUACUACCCCAGUAAUUUCAUUUGAGCAACACAACCUACACGUGUGGAAAAUAAUAUAAUGCAUGUUUAUUAUUACAUUUUAUCAAACAAAUAAGACUUGUAUCACCAUAUACUGCAUGCCAACAGCACCCUGUAUUUCUCUUUUGUUACGCAUCUUCCUCUUGUUUUUCCACUCCAUUAAGUAAAUGGGAUUAAUAUUAAGUACUGGCAAUAAAAUCUAUUUUUAUACCCCCAGACUAUAGACUGUUCCCUAAAUAUGUUAAGUACAAUUGUAUUAAGCUUAAUUUGUCUGUGAUUUAAAAAAAUAAAAAUAAAUACAUGCACAACAUGC